CACCUCCUGUCGGAGGAGGAGGCCACGUCCUCAGCUCCCACAAAUGCCGACACACACCCACCCCCCUUCAUUUCUCCCAUCCAACUCUCUCGCUUGUCCUUUCCUAAUCCUAUGUUUCUCCCUACCUACGUUUAAUUCCGUCACGGUGCCGUGUUUUGGAUUAAUAGAUAUGUCCACGCAAAUGUGUGCUUGUAUAAUUAAACCCUAAUCAAUCUCUCUCUCUCUCCCCACACAAUCCAGGGAGUGAGUGUGCAAAUUCAAUACAAGCAGAAAAAGAGAAGGGGUCAAAGUAAAAAAGUAAACGUAAGAUCAGAGAGACUCACACGCAUUGAAUGGAAAGUAUUUGAAAGCCUUUCGAGAGAAUGACCCCCCUCCCUCCCUCUGCAGCCUGGGAAAAUAUUCAUGACCACAUCCUCUUCCUCUCUCUCUCUCUCUCUCUCUCUCUCUCUCUCUCAUGUCCUCCUUCUGUCUCAAACAUAUAUAUUUUAAUCAUUACUACCACUCUUGUUUCAAUUAACAUCGCUGCCCCUGCCUUGCUUCUUCAAUAUAAUUGUGGCCCUUUUGUUUUAAUUAUAGUAGGAUUAGAAGCAGCGAGUGAAGACUAAAUAUACGCCUUUUUAUAAAUACAUUCUUACAUAUUUUCCCCCCGGGGUGAAACUGCUUCUCUUUGGGUCACCGGUCGUGUAGAUCUUCCCCUCUCGGAAGCACAAAGCAGAUUACAAGACGUCCCCAACAUUCCGAGACCAAAUUAAAACAGGUGGAGCCGGAUAUGGAAUUUGAGGAGCACGAAGAGCAGGAGGACGACAUCGAGAUCCCCGUGUCGCCUCCUGCUUACAACUCCCUGGCCAACAACUCUGUCGCCAGGUCCAAAGUAGGCGUCUCCGGAGGAGAGGGCGGUGCCUCCGCCGUCACGACUGGCCUUAAAGCUGAGCCGGCGGCGGCGGCCAGGUACCGAGAAUGCCAAAAGAACCACGCCGUAAGCCUCGGUGCACACGCUGUCGAUGGCUGCGGAGAGUUCAUCGCCGCGGGAGAGGAAGGCACGCUCGACGCCCUAAAAUGCGCCGCCUGUAACUGCCACCGCAAUUUCCACCGUAAGGAGAUGGACGGUGGGGACUUGACCCAGUAUCAGCCGCCGCCGCCGCCGCCGUACUACCAGUACCACCAGCAGUACCCACCGUACCAUCGGGCGCCUCCGCCAGCUGCUGGGUACCUCCACCACCACCUGACGGCUCAGCCGAUGGCGCUGCAGCGGUCGUUGGCCCUGCCGGCUCCGGCUCCGAUUAGAGAUGAGGAGGACAUGUCGAAUCCGAGCAGCAGCGGAGGCGGGGGAGGGAAGAAAAGGCACAGGACGAAGUUCACGCAGGAGCAGAAAGAGAAGAUGCUGGCAUUCGCGGAGCGUGUUGGGUGGAGGAUCCAGAAGCACGAUGAAGGUGCGGUGGAGCAAUUCUGUGCGGAGACUUGUGUCAAGAGACAUGUGCUUAAGGUUUGGAUGCACAAUAACAAGAACACUCUUGGUAAGAAACCCUAAUUUCGAUUCCUUGCUUUUUCCACUUUCCAUUCUUAGGUCAAGAUGGUUGGUGUGGGCACUUUUUGUUACCACGAUCCUCUCUAUUCUAAUUAGAAAAGCUGGAGUUUAGUAUCAUAGAGGUGAGAGAAGAGGAGAGUUAAAAAGAAUGGGGAAAAUUUGUACUCUCAAGUUAUAAUGGACUUCUUGCUAUAGGGUUCCUCCUUAUUUCUCCUUCUCAAGUUCGUUUCGAUCGGAUAUGAUUUCCGUUUUGAUAUCAUCCAAUUCUGAACACUGAUGAACAACAUCAUUCAGAGUGCAGUAGCUCGGCAUCUUAGCUUGA